AUGUUGUCGCCAUCAGAGGCUGAAAAUGACAUUGCUAGCUUUCUUCAAUCUGAUGCCCACAGGAGCCCCGUCCCCGCUGCAACAACGGCGCUCCUCUUCCACCACCUUCGGCCAUCACUGGCGCCGGCUACUUUCCACAUCGACCCUUCCAUUCUUCUCCGCCUCUGCACCAUCCUCUACCAGCAUCAACUCUCUCCAGAACCCAAACUCCACUCACACCUCCUCCGCCUUCCCCUCCCCUCCUGCCCCUCCUUCCUCGACUCCCUCCUCCUCCACAUAUGCACCCGAUUCCCGCUCUCAUGGCGCCCACCUCACCGCUUCCACCUCUUCCUCCUCUCCCACUACCCCUCCUUCUCUCUCUCCCCCACCGCCGCCUCCAAACUCCUCGACGUCUUCGGUAAAUCCCGCAACAUCGAUCUCUUAUGGAACCACCUCCUUCUCAUGACCGAUCGUUGCCUCCUCUCUCUUUCAUCCCUCCGCAUUGCCGCACGAGCGCUCGCCGAUGCUCGCGAGAUCUCCAAAUGCGUUCUCCUCUUCCGCCUCGAUCCACAAUUUUCCACCGUUGUCGCCCUCAACUCCGUCGUAGAUGAGCUCUGCUUGAGGAAGCACGUUGAUAUUGCCCGUUACGUAGUAGCUAAGCACCGGGAUUCGAUUAUUGGAAACAGGGAGACGUACAUGCUUCUUAUUAUAGGGUUUUGCCGGGCAGGUGAUCUAAUGGAGGCGGCUAGGGUUUGGAAUUUGAUGCUGGAGAAAGAAAUCGAACCGGAAGUGGAUGCGUAUGAAGAGAUCAUCAUCACGAUGUUUAAAUCGAAUCAAUUGCAGGAGGCAAUGAGGCUGUUUAAAUCGAUGAGGGAGAGGAUAUUCAUCGAUCUGCGGAUCAGUUCUUACCGCAUUGUAAUCCAAUGGACUAGCAAGAUUGGAAGGGUUUCUUAUGCAUACAUNUUGUUUGCCGAAAUGCUCAAGAGAGGAAUGAAUUUCGAUAAUGCCACCAUUGGUUACUUAAUCUACGGCCUAUUGGCCAAAAAAAGAGUGAAGGAAGCUUACAAGAUGUUCAAAGAAGCAGAAGAGGUGGAUCUGAGCUUAUGCCAUGGUUUGAUGAAGGGAUUGCUGAGGAUGAAAAGGCCGGCAGAGGCAACUGAGGUUUUUAGAGAGAUGUUGAGGAGAGAGAUAGAGCCAAAUAUGCACACUUACAUCAUGCUUCUUCAAGGUCAUAUGGGGAAGAGAGGGAGGAAGGGGAAGGAGGAAUUGGUGAACUUUGAUAGUAUUUUUGUUGGGGGAUUAGUGAAGGUAGGUAAGACAUUGGAGGCAAGCAAAUAUGCAGAGAGGACGAUGAGGAGCACCGUAGAGGUGCCUAGGUUUGAUUACAAUAAGUUCUUGCAUCUCUUCUCUAAUGAAGAAGGCGUGGAGAUGUUUCAGGAGGUGGGAAGGAGAUUGAAGGAGGUGGGAAUGGUGGAUCUGGGAGAUGUUUUGUUGGUGUAUGGGGAGAGAAUGGCUACGAGGGAGAGGAGGAGGAGAGCUAUCUGGAGGGAGUCUAAGGUCACUUCGAUUAAAUCAUGAUAAGUGGUUGAAUUUGAUUCAAGCCAGAAGUUACCCAAAGCUUUAUUACAUCUAGAUCGGAAUCUUGUCAAGUCUCUCAAGAGACGGGGUUUUCUCACACUCCUCAGUAUUUUGCUACUAAAUUUAUCUGAGAGACUAAUAAAGUUGCUCACUCAUGAAGGCCAUCGACUAAAGAACUUAGUUACUAAUCUAGAGUUCUCAUCAAUCAACUAGAAAUUCUCGCCAAGACUCAUCAAGAGUACUAUUCGAUUUGUAUUCACCUGAAGUUCCUACCGAUUGGACAUCUGUCAACCAAACUUUCCAGCUAUACAAUCAAUCACAAGAGUUU